UAUGUAGCACUAGUCAUUAAAAAUUACUCUAUUUUUGCAUAUCGGAGAAAAUUGUAUUAGAAUUAGAAUUUGAUUUUCUCGAACCUCGCUGCAACAGAAUACAUUAGCGAAAAAUUAACUCACCAUAAGACUGCAUUUAUUUGUUAAUCGGACUUUGGUGUUUUAACCCCUUAAAAUGAAUGAGGGAAUUGUUACCCUACCCUAGAUCCACAGUCGCUGGGCAGGUGGCUCCGCUGGUGCAGAGCUUCGUUUCGGGGCACUUGGGUCGCAGGAAUGGCCAUGGCUAUUUCCUGAACUAUGGUUUUAAGUUGACCAGCCGACCACCCUGACGCUUCCGGGUAACUUGACGACUUGAUGGUUUCCGUUGGCCAGCGAGUCGCUUUUCUGUCGACCCACUGGACCAGCCCGUUGCCUUUGCUAACUAAUCGGUUAACUCUUUCGCAAACGCAGAAUCCCAAUGCCACCGUCAAGCCUUUGAUCCAAAUGCCGUUGCAGGCCGCCAAUGUCCAGGAGCAGCAGUCUCCUCCGGUGGCUUCAUAUCCGACACCGGCCACUCCGGUGGCUGUUCAGCAGCCAUCGACUCCUGUCCCCGUUCAAGUGCCGAACUCGUCCGUCCAACAGCAAAAUCCGGAUGCGGACGCCAUCGCCUCGAAGCUGGCCUUGCCAGUUAUCAUCAAGGAGGAGCCGAUCUCUGUCGACGAUGAACCGUCCGUCGACAUUAUAGAGGACAAUACCAGUGCCAGCGGCAUCGGGGGCAAGAUCCCAUUUAAAAAGAUCUUCCAAAAGCGGAAGAAGUCGUCUGAACGCACUCGGGACAAGAAGCUGCGACGGAAUCGCCAGCUGCGCAAGUCCAUGCUCCCCAAAAACGCUCUGAUGGCCCUCAACGAGGUUAAGGGCGUGACCAUCAGCGAUUUCACCAUCGACAUCAAUACCGACGGGGGAUUCACGGCCGUUGUCAAUGUCAACUCGACUCAGUACGUGGGCAAGGGUACCUCAAAGAUGACAGCCAAGAACGCGGCCUGCGAGAAGGCUUGGCGCGAUUUUAUAAUUGCGAAGAUGACGCCUAAGCCUCCCCGUAUUCACCAGGUGGAGAUAGGUGCGGAGCCAAUAGACACUAACGAGGAUGAGGCCGAUGCACCGGAUGAUGAUCUGCCCAUGUUGAAUCUGGCUUCGUUUGCCAUCUACAAGCUGUUCACGGAGUGGGAGCGCGAGGGCUAUGUCGUACCCGAGAUGCACCCUUCAGCCAAUGCUGCCCAGCAGGCCGGAGGGGAUGCCGGAACUCCAGUUCCCGCCGCGCCGAAGGAACCAAAGAAGCCGCCAGUGCGUACGGAGCUACCCUCUGGCUGGGAGACCAUGCACCCGGCGACCAUUCUUUGCAUUAUGCGCCCGGGACUCAGCUACUCGGACUACGGGUCAUCUGGCGACAAUACCACCGGCAUGCAGCAUCUGGGAAUCACGGUGGACAACCAGGAAUUCCACGCCCACGGCAGAUCCAAGAAGAUCGCCCGUCUCAACGUGGCCGUGAAAGUGUGCAACUCUCUGUUCGGCACAAACUUCGCCUACGGCGACACCGCUUAAGACACCAACUCCAACCGCAGACUCAAACUACCGACAGCAACACACCUCGCCAACACGCCUCUCUUAAUUAUAAUGUAUACAAUUGUACCGUGGAGA